CUGUUGUGCUGUCACUGAUGUUAUACAGUCAAGGGUGUAUGUGUCUGAAGGGGAGGACACACCACAAAAUUUUGGACAAAACUACAUUGAAUGCAGACAGGUUUACUGCACACACAGAUACUUUACUUUUGUUAAAUAUGCACAACUGCACUGCCAUAAUGUGUAUCUGUCUUUCAGGAGAGGAUGUUUCAGAGCUGCUCCUGACUGAAGAGUCUCCAGCCAGCGAUCAGUCUCUCUGAGGAUCACAGGUCGCCUCCUCACCUGAGCUCAUUCCUUAACCUGCCACAGAGUGUGGACAGAAGCCAGGCACAGUGAUGAUGGGGCAGAGCACAGAGGAGACCGAGCCAGGAGUGUGUGUCUGAACAUUAUGUCCAUGUUUCUACAGGAGGAGAGCUGUGGGAAACUGUAGAGACCUCAAAGCUCUGAAGAACUCAGACCACACAGGAUGACCUGCUUCUUUCCCACGUGUGGUGGCAGGGGCUGAAGCUGCCCAAAUAUUUCUGUGUGUGUGUGUGUGUGUGUUUGUGUGUGUGUGUGUGUGUUUGUGUUUGAGCACAGCCACAGGGAGUGUCUGGUCUGUCCCCGGCCCAGGGUGAGGUUGUAGCGGUCGCUCUUUGUGUUCCGGAUGCAGAACAUCCUCGAUCAGAACUUAGACAUGGCCACGGCUCUGCUCGCCGGCGAGAAGCUGAAGGAGCUGAUCCUGCCUGGCUCCUCCCAGGAUGAGAAAGGUGGGGCGUUGGCGGGGCUCAUGGUGCAGCUUAAGCUGGAGCUGCCCUUUGAUCGUGUUGUCACCAUCGGCACGGUCAUCAUCCCAAUCCUGCUGGUCACACUCGUCUUCACCAGGAACUUUGCAGAGGAGUCCAUAUACUGUUACACACCACACAACUUCACCAGAGAUCAGGCGCUGUAUGCACGAGGCUACUGCUGGACAGAGCUACGGGAUGCUACAACUGGAGUAGAGUUUCACCUUUGGCCUUCACUAUUUGAACACAAGUUCCUACCCUACGCCCUGCUGGCCUUCGCUGGAAUCAUGUACAUUCCCGCUCUGGGCUGGGAGUUCAUGGCCUCCACGCGGCUCACUUCAGAGCUCAAUUUCCUGCUUCAAGAGAUUGAUAACUGCUAUCAUCGAGCCGCUGAGGGCCGAGCUCCAAAGAUCGAGAAGCAGAUCCAAUCGAAAGGACCUGGCAUAACUGAGAGAGAGAGGAGGGAGAUCAUAGAGAAUGCAGAAAAGGAGAAGAGCCCCGAGCAGAACCUGUUUGAGAAAUAUUUAGAGAGGCGGGGCCAAAGUAACUUUCUGGCUAAGCUUUACCUUGCACGCCACCUGGCCAUCAUCUGCCUCAGCUCCAUCCCCAUUUCCUACCUGAGCGCCUACUAUGCCCGCCAGAGGCAGAAUGAGUUCACCUGUGCACUGGGCGAGCCCCCUGACAUUAGCAGCUACGUAGAAUUGAAGCUGAAGGUGAACUGUAAGCUGCCUGCUGUGCAGCUCCAGCGCAUCAUGGCAGCCGUAGAUAUCGUUAUGCUCUGCACCAUGAACCUCAUCAUCCUGAUUAAUUUGCUGCACCUGUUUGUGGUGCGCAAGUCCAACUUUGUAUUCGACAAACUGCAUAAAGUUGGUAUAAAGACACGGCGACGCUGGCAGAAGUCCCAAUUCUGUGACAUCAACAUCCUGGCCAUGUUUUGCAAUGAGAACAGAGACCACAUCAAGUCGCUGAACCGGCUUGACUUCAUCACCAACGAGAGUGACCUCAUGUACGACAACGUGGUCCGGCAGCUGCUGGCAGCGCUCGCACAGUCCAAUCAUGAUGCCACACCCACUGUGAGGGAUUCUGGGAUACAGACAAUUGAUCCCAAUAUGGAUCCCUCUGAUCUUGGAGUGGGCGAGAUGGCCGGGGAGCCGCUAGUCGUCAAACGGCCUCGCAAGAAGAUGAAAUGGAUUCCAUCAUCGAAUCCUCUCCCACAGUCGUUCAAGGAACCUCUCACUCUGACUCGUCUGGAAAAUCACACCAAGCCUGAAAAACCCAAACAACUCAGGAGGAAGACAGCGGCUGACAACUUCAUCGCACCACUGCUGGACACCAAAAGCACACAGCACCCUGCAACAAAAGACAUCAGCAAGCACACUCGCAACUUCUCUCUGGACGUCCACCCGUACAUGCUGACCAUCCGUAAGCCAAAGGUGGAGACUACAACCACAGAACCUCUACCAUCAGAGCACAACCUGGGUGCAGUGUACCUUGAGGGCACACACACUAUUGUUCAUGUGUCUGGUGCAAUCACAGAAACAAAGGUAUGCUCUCCAGAAGUGACCAACACUGCCUUUUCUACAAUGACCCUGCCCACCACCACUUACGUUAAUGGCGUGAGCCCGAAUCCUCCCUCCAGCGAAGACGCCCUCAGUCCCAAGUCCUCUCCUCCUCCCGGAGAGCCUCUCCACCAGACAGAAAACCCAGAGACUCAGCCUCCACCUCUGACCAGAGCCCCCACCCAUCAGCUGCUGAGUAUACACCACACUCUGUUCGAGGAAGACGAGGACGAAGAACACCGACGAACCAGGCUGGCUGAAAGACCGGGGGAGCUUAUUGCAGCUGGGGAAUGUUGAAGAUGAAGAAAAAGAGGAAGGAUGAUGGAGGUUUCUUUUCACUUGGCACUUGGCACACAACCAUGUCAAUCACCUUCUAUCUACACCUCUGCUCUUUCAAUGCACCUCUGUGACAGGUGGAUUAGACGAGUGAUGAGCGGAGAGGAGACUAGAGUGGUAAAAACAAAGUGACUCAACUUUAAGAUGUGAAAACUACUGAGGGUGGAUAAGACAGAGGGUUUGGGUGUUUGAAAAUGUUAACCAGAGUAUUAUUGAAGGAAGUGAUGUCACGUUCAUGUCUCAGGAUGACUGUGCACGGUAACACCCUCCGAUGAAACCAGCAGUGAUAUACUUCAACAGGGUGCUACAGGUACAUUUCAAAGGUCUAAUGAAAGACAGAGCAGCACUGAGGGCCGAGUGAGCUUUCUUAAAAAGUAACACACACCUUAUCAAUGCAUAUCUGCAAAAGAAAAAAAAAAAGCAUUUCUUCUUCAAACUUAACGUAUUUUAAACACAUAUUAUAAUGCUUAGUCCCUUUAUCCCACUUAGCUGAGUAGAGAGGUAGCUCACGCAAUACAGUUGUUGAGAUCUGCACAAUUUAUAUGCAACAGAUCACAAUAUGUUUGUGGCAAUAAUGUUUGCGCUUACUGCAUCAUCUUUCACAAAACGCUGAACAUAUUAAGACACUGUAUAUGAGUCACUGUCUGUGGGGUGUUUAAAAUAAGACCUCUUAUGGCUUCAUCAUUGCCAUUUCACCACCGAUCAGGAAUGUGUACCAGAACCUGACUCUGCCAUAUUUGCACGCCAUGAAUCGUAGGUUAAUUGGAGAAUCUUAGAAACAAAAAGCAAAAAGACUCUUCGGUAAAAAUGUCAGGUAUGGAGAGCAGUCUUGUUGGUAAAGUAUAGCUCUGAGAAGCUGCCAGAUUUGUUUGACAGGUACCAGAUACCUAAAAUAUGGUGCAAAGAGGCAGUGAUGUGGGUGUUUUCUGUGUCUUGAAGACUUAAAGCCAGCUCUAAAAUGAGGAACUGAGCUGGACUCACUGGAAAAGUGUGUGACGUUUGUGUUCUGCUGGCUUCUUGCUGUGAUGUGAAGUGAUGAUUAGACGUGAAAGCUUUCCAUAACGGAAGGUUUAUUACAGGAAACAACAUUUAAAUUGUCAUAUUUAGUCUCUGACACAAGAGGAACUUCUUUCAUUAACUAUGACCUGUCUCAUGUUGUGCUGUCAUUUGUUCUAAAAAAAUCUGAGGCCCUGAGCAGACAUGCAUCCUCAGCAGUUUUUUAUGGAGAUCUCGACUUGUUCUCCUAUUCAUAACUUGGGGUUAAAAAAGCUGUUAAUUUUAUGAUAAAAGGAUGAUUUUCUGAUCUGAUAAAACAGAACAAUGGGCGGGUCCCUAUGACAGACCAGACCAUGACAUGCCAUGCUGCCGUUUGAAGCCUAUUUCUGGUAUUUAGCCUUAAAACUGUGGGGAUACAAGUUCUGAUAAACUGACGUCAAGUCGAGAUCUCAAGAAAACAACUGAAAUGUACUUGUUAUCAUGAGAAAAUGAAGUAAAUGAUAUAUAUGGAAGCAUGUCCACUUAGGGCCUCUGUAGUCUAAUCGCAGGUCUGGUUUUAAGCAUCAAGGUGUGCUAGCACUUUUCACUGAAUGAUUGCACAAAGGGAUGGCUGCUUAUUAUUAUAACCUGUUAUUUUUAAACACGAUUACAGGAAUAAAGGAACUGUGUGCACUGCAUCACACACCAAUAAGACAUCCACUGUAGAGACCACUUCUUCUGGGGCAUUCAGUAAACACACACUAAGACUUAUAAUGUCUUGUAAUGGGGGGCUGCAGUUUAACAGCUUCUAGUCAUCCUUGGGAUGAAAGAAAUGAUUCAUCUCAUUGUAAUGGUACAGGGUUGGUCAAUAGUCUUAUGUUAGAUUACUCAAGCACACUAAAUGCAUCCAAAAGCACUUUAAGACUUGUAGCACGAGUGUGUGAGGGCAUGUAAUGUUUCAACACAACUCUGCUUAUGAAAAUGUUUAUUGUUUUCACAUUGAGUCAGUCACAGAAGUCUAAUGUUAGUUUAAAAGUGGAGAAAGGGGCCUGGACGACUUUGGUUGUAGUGUGAUAUGUCAAAAUGAAUACAUAAUAAAGAAACACUUACUUUCCAUAUAAA